GACAUGCAUCGGCUGCCAUCGCAUCGGCUGCCUACAGCGACCUGCUCUCUCGCUCACCUUUCCUGCGGCCACUCGGCGCAUCGUCGGCGAGUAGUUCGGCGCAGCCCUGAGAGACCUCCGCACAGCGGCUCCGGCCUCCACCACGACCAACACCGCCCCACAUUCGGACGCCGUCAGGCCCCACUCCACUGCGAACCGACUCGACUUGGCAACCAGUGUCGUCGCCAGCACGACUCUUGGCAUCUAUCUCCCACUCACUUGCCCACUCACACACACCCGCAAUGACCUCCGUCCCGUUCACCGACGCCUGCUGGAAGGCCCUGCACGCGGCGCACAAGCUCGCCGGCACGCCGCAGGAGGACGGCGCCAUCCUCGCUGCCAACACUACGGGCGGGACCGACUGGUGGCGCACGACUGAGCGCGACUCGAGCGACGGCCCCACGCUGGGCUUUGAGCGCGAGAUUGGAGAGGGGUUCGAGAUUAGCGUCGAGCUGUUCGUCGAGCCGCGCGUGCAGUACGACCAAGCCGCCAUCUUCCUCUGGAUCUCGCCGACGCAGUGGAUCAAGGCGGGCAUCGAGUACGACAACGGCGCGCUGUGGAACGGCGCGGUGGUGUGCAACCCUUACUCUGACUGGUCCAUCUCCAAGCGCCGCCUGUACGACUCGCCGCGCUUCACGAUCGUGUGCCUGCCGAACGAGCUCAAGGUGUUCCACGGCGACGACAUGAUCCGCGAGGUCAAGUGGUUUGGCCCGACGUCGUCCAACGACGCCAAGGGCUCCGAGGGCGGCCCGACCAAGGCUUUCGUCGGCGUCAUGGCCUGCUCGCCCAAAGAGGGCGGGGCCGCCGUGAGCUUCAAGGACUUUACCGUCAAGGAGGGCUUCACGCCGCGCGAGGCCGAGGUGACGAAGAGUAUCGAGGGCGAGGUGUAGUGCGCUGCGCCGAGCGGACGAAGAAUGCAGAGGACGUAGUGCUGUCCAGACAA